GACAGAAUCAUAGUUGCAGACUUGCACCCAAAACCAUUUUGUCCUGCUGAUUUCUUGUGGAAAAUUUUCCAUUUGUCUGGAUCCCAACUCUGGCUUAGAACCCGUCUGACCCCGUUGGAUUUAACUUUGUUGCUGUAUUACAGAGUUAAAAGGGCAAACUUUAUCACAAGGAAUUGUUUUUCACUCAGGAAGGUUUUCAUUACAUUUUAUUUUUGAUUUGGAAGACUAUUUUAGGAGGACUUUGGCUGCAGGUCAGUGUAUUGUGCUCUAAUAACAAGAUGGGGAUUGUAUUUUGGAUGUUUUCUCUUCUGGCUGUUCCAGUACUUCAGUCUGCCAAGAUCCUGACUGUCUGUCUAAUUGGAGGAAGCCACUACUUGUUAUUAGAUGAAAUUUCUCAUAACUUACACCAGCGUGGCCAUGAGGUUCGCAUGCUCUUGCAACUGGGCAACCCUGUUAUUACAGGGUUUUCCUAUGCAGGCCGUGCAGACAGUUACCAGAUGAGCACCUGGUUCUUAGGCGAGAAAUACAUCAAAGAUUAUAACGGCUGGUUCCUAGAGCAACAGACGCAGUUUUUACUGGGAAGAGAUAACUUGACUAACUUUCUAAACUUCAUGGGGCACAUUUCCUAUCAGUGUGACAAGCUGUUAGGGGACAAAGAGAUGAUAACUUUCCUCCAGACGGAACGCUACGACAUCACCAUCCUUGAUGCUUUUAAUCCCUGUUCCUUCAUUCUGGCACACAAACUUGGUGUCCACUAUAUAGCUUUCUAUCCUGGCACUCUGAAUGGUCCUCUGUCCAUCGCGCUCCCCAGCCCGGUCUCCUACAUCCCAGUCUUCAGCUCCCAGCUAUCCGACCACAUGAACAUCUGGGGUCGUGCAAAGAACCUCUUUUAUUCUUUCCUGGCACCUGUAGGGCAGGAACUUGUCUGGUCGACAUUUAGGGAUGUAGCUGAGCGCCAUCUCGAGUCCGGCUCACCCCCUGGUGGUCUGGAGGAGUUACAUCAAGGAGCUGAACUCUGGGCCUUCAACACUGACUUUUCACUGGAGUUCCCGCAGCCCCUUAUGCCUUACACCGUGCUGGUGGGAGGUCUGCUGAAUAAACCUGCGAAGCCUCCGGAACAGGAUCUUGAGCUGUGGAUCUCAGAUCUCGGAGAGGUAGGUUUCAUUGUUGUGACUCUGGGAUCAAUGGUCUCUUCGAUCUCUGUGGAACCUCUGCUUGUGGAGCUUGUGGCUGGCUUCUCCAGGAUCCCUCAACAUAUUAAUGUCAGGAUGUUAUGGGAAGUUAUAAACCUGCAGUGUUUGGCUUGCAGGUAUGACUCCCAGCGAUGGCCAUCUCACCUGGACAGACCUCACAAUUUCAGACUAGUGGAUUGGCUGCCCCUUAAUGACUUACUGGGUCACAAAAAAGCCCGUCUCUUUAUCACCCAUGGUGGACAAAACAGCCUGCUGCAGGCAGUGUACCACGCUGUUCCUGUGCUGGGAAUCCCUCUGUUUGGAGACCAGUUUGAUAAUAUGGUGAGGGCUGAAACGAAGGGACUUGGCCUCACCAUCAACCCCACACACAUCACCAGGGAAGUGCUCAGCUCCACUAUUCAAACACUCAUACAGGACAUCAGGUUCAAGUCUACAGCUUUGUCCCUUAGCAGGAUCCACAAAUCUCAUCCUGUCCCUCCAGCCCUUCGACUCAUCCAGUGGGUGGAGCACAUCCUGCACAGUGGAGGUGGAACUCAUUUAAGGCCAGCUUCACUGGCGCAUCCAUGGUACCAGAGAUACCUGUUGGACCUGGUGCUUCUUCUCUCCCUGGUGCUUCUUGGACCUGUAGUUCUCUCCUGGACUUUUUGUAGGAGCAGGAAUAGCAGGGAUAAACACAAAAAAAUACAUUAGCGACACCUCAGAGACAAGUCAGAUUUAUACCUUAGUUCUGUGUUACUGUUUUAUCUCUGACUUAUUAUGUACUGAACCAAUAUGAGAACUUGCUAACUUGAAUUCCCUCUACCCUAAAAUACUGCAGCUGUUCAAUAAAAAAAAAACUGCUUGUUAUAAGUGGUUUCUACAAUCCACCUUUAAAUACAUAAAACAAAUAAGUGACUGGCAUGUUGAUGUAGGAGACCUUCACUUUGACACAAGUGAUGGGCCCAGAAAAUAUAUCCCUUAAGGACAAAAAUAUAAGGUUAUAGAGAGUAUAAAGAUGUUUUUCUUAUUACAAAAUAUCCCCUUUAAUUAUCAAAAGUAAGGUUGAAAAGUACUCCAAUUUAUGCCAUUAAUACUAUUGCUCAACUUUUUAGGUUGAGUACUUUUUUUUCCUUACUGAAGAGCUUCACUCUGUAUUCGCAGUUUCACUUUGGUGGAAUAGCCCUAAUGCCGAUUGUCCUGCCCUCUCCCCUCCCAGCGCCUACCAGACGUCUCAUUUGUAAAGCAGCGCCACAAUGUCCAACACUUCUGUGCUACUUUGACCUGGCUGCACUGCAAGCAGGGCUGGUUGACAUUACGCACGCAAACACGCACAUCCACCCUAACUAAGCAAUGAUUUUGUGUUGUUGCAUGUACCAAAGUGUGAGAGUGAGCGUUGUGUACUGCUUUGCUUGCCUAUGUAUGUGUAGACAAAGCGUGUUGAGAGUCAUAGAAUACACCUGAAUUCUCAAAAGUCUGCUCUACCUGCAAAGUGUGUAUACGCAUGUGUGUGUGUUUGGGGCAGCGUUAUGGUCUACUGGCCCUUGAGUUAUUAACCACCAGCAAAUUCUCAACUCUGACCCCCACACCCUCCUCUGCUGGUUUCCACUGAGUCUCCUUCCCCCUUCUAAACAUGACACAAAAGCACAUAGCAAUGUUCAUGGUCAGCGCUUGGAGGACCCCCCACCCUCUCCUGCCCCAUUCUGUUCCCCCUUCCACUCCUCACAUCUGUGUUGGGGGUUAGUAGGGAGGAAAAUAUAGAUUAGCAAGGAAAUAAUGACCAAUUAGGACAGCUUGUUCUCUGUCCAUUCAACUGUCCAUUAUUUGCCUGCAUUUCAUUUGUCUGUUUGUCUGGCAGUUGCAGGUGCCAGUGAGUCUUCCUCUGUCUCGCACGCAAUCCAAAACAGGCAAGGCAAAGCAGCCAAAGCAUGAUGGGACAGGACCACUGGGAGAAAAAAAAAAGGAAAGAGGCUAUAAAAGGAGACUUUAAUGAGGCAGAAGAAGGAUACACCAAUGCAAAAUAGAAUACAUGAAAAUUGUAGAGCAGAGAAGAAACAGAAGAAACAAAGGGAGAAACAGAAACUAGAAAAAACAGUGAUCACAGUAAAACAGACAACAUAGACAUCUGUCCAAAAUGUAACCUGUGUCACUUUUCUCUGUUUAAUACUGUAACUGCAAUUAAUUUAAAGUUACAUGUUUCUCAUGUUUGGGAUAAGCUGGAAGAGCAAUGAUCUACACAUUUUAUUUACUACAACCGUGACACUUAGUUCAAAACAGUUUAACCAGCGGUAUCAAGAUGAAAUCAACAAAAAUAAAAUUUCCUGGUGAUAACUGCAUCACAAUGUCAUACACUAAAAGGUACGAUGGAGCAUGUAGAAGUUAAGUAGUGAUGUAAUGGUUGUAGAAGUUUAGUCCUUGAAACAUUAAGAUUUUUAUCUGCUCUUUUUUGAAAAAGUCUGUGAUGUGAAUUUUGUAUAUGCGUGGGAAAACGUACGUUUGAACGUACUUGUAUCUGGCAUUAAAAGUGCCUGUGCGAUUGCAUAAAUGGAUGUAGUAAUAGCA